CUUCAUCGAGGGGCCGCAGCGGGAGAAGGAGGUCAGAAGGAGAGGAGCAGAGGAGCAGCGAGGCUAGACAUGCCGCUCUCGCCUUUCCCGCACAAAGUCCUGCUAUGCUGCGUUUUCUCCGAUGAUUUUAACGAAAGAAAGGUCAAAUAGUUUUUCAGUCACAUAAACGGAGCAGAAGGAGAUGGUUUUGUGGGUCUGCUGCGCGCUGCUGCUGCUGCUGCUGCAUGACCAGUUGGUGCCGGACGUUGGAGCUCAAGUGGAGAAUCGGGUGACUUUCCUGCCGGGGACGUUCCAGAACGUGAGCAUCCCGCAGAAUGAGACGGUUCAGGCCGUGGUGUCCAGGAUUCUCCCGGAGGUGGCCUUCAUCACGCUGCAGUUCCACACGCAACGCCGCAACGCCACACUCUCCUACAGCAGGGUGCCGGAUCAGAGCAGCUCUCUGACUGGAGUGGACUCGGGGCUCCUGUCGGCUCUGGAGCCGAGCCAGACCACGCUGUCUUUGUUCCUAUCGUCCCCUGACAGCGAGGCCGUGGCGGGCACCGGCGUCAUCCUGCCCUACUCCGGCUCUGAUCCAGUUCCUGGAGCCUGUAACUCCGAGUUCAGCUUGGAGGUGGACCCAAAUGUCUACAUACGCUACAACCUCUAUGAGACCACAGUCCUCUUCGCAUCGGCCAACUUAGGAUACGAGAGAGGCCAGACUCCUCCAGCCUGCGAUGAAUCCACGGACACCAACACCCGCUGGCGGCUGCAGUACGACGUCUACCAGUACUUCCUACCAGAGAACGACCUGUCGGAGAGCAGCCUGUUUUCCGGGCAUCAGGCUGUGGCGGGCGUCCAACAGAUGACGGCAGUCGGCAAACGGGUCAUGACCCUGCUGUCCACAGACAAGACCAGCGCCGUCUUCAACUCCAUCCCCGGUCAGGGGGUCAUCUACUCGGUGAUCGUCAGGGACCCGCUGCUGAACACCUCUGCCUCCUACGUUCCCGCCCACACCUACGCCUGCAGCUUCACCUCCGCCCUGGACGGCUGUCAGACGCUCGGAAAGGUCUCCACAAAGGUCUUCUUCACCAUCACCGGCCUGGCCGGCCUGUUUGUCUGCUUCUUUGGACAUCGCUUCUUCAAAUGUGAGCUCUUCUGCAUGGGCUUCAGCUUCUCGGCGUUCUUCGUCUUCGUCCUCGUCACCAGAACCACCGACCUCCACUAUGACGAGCGCCUGGCGGUGUCGGCCGUGGUGGGCGUGGUGGGCGGAGUCCUCCUGAUGAUGAGCUGGUGGCGUUUCGGCUCGGUCUUGGCCUGCGUCGCCGUGGUGGGCCUCAUGCUGGGCUUCCUGGUGGCCUCCGUGGUGCUCUUCACGCCGCUGGGUGACCUGGAUGCCUUCAGGAACUCUGACGCCGUUUUCUGGACGACCUUCUCCUGCAUCGUCCUGGUGGUUCCUCUCUUCUUCCUGCGCUGGCCCAGAGAGGGGAACAUCUGCACGUGCGGCGUGGUGGGCGGGUACGCGGCGGUUCUGGCCGUCAACGCCUACGUCUACACCAGCCUGUCCUUCAUCACGCUGAACAUCCUCAAGCGGCUGCUCAACAGCCGCUUCAGCGCCGCCUUCACCGACGUGCCCUUCCAAACCAUCGACUACGCCAUGAUCACGGUGUGGGUGGUGCUCGGCGUGUGCGGCGUGGUGCUGCAGCUCUACCGCGAGCGCGCCCGCCCCUUCUUCCCCCCCAGCCCGUACCUGAUGUGGCAGCAGGAGCGCGAGCGCCGCAAGACCAACGUCCUGGACCCCAGCCACCACUUCCCGCCGCUGCCCAGCCGCCUGCUGGAGCGAGCGCGGCAGCUCACCAGACGGAGGGAGCCGGCGGGGGAGCACACACCUCUGCUGCUUUAACCCCUCCCUCAGUCUGGAGGGUAGGACCCUGAAAGGGGAGGGGCCUGGAUCCUGCCGGGUCAGCCAACGGAGGAUCUGGAGGACUGAGGCGGGCUGAAGACUAAUCAGUGAUGACCCUGAACAGGACGGCCCGUCACAGGCUCCGCCUCCACAGGCGUUUGCACUGAAACCACUACGUCUACAGGGCAGCGGCCCGAAUUUUAGCCUGAAGUCGAAGCGAUCAGUUUUAGGACUCUGCAGGCCUCAUGUUGGUGCAGAUGAAGCCUCUUAAAAUGAAAAUCUGUGGUUUUAAUUUAAUGUUUUGAUAUUUAAUAAACUGCCUCAAGGAUCA